ACUUCGAAAAAAAGAAAAAAAAUCUGUUGGUAUGGUUUUGUUGCAUCAUCUCCAUCCUCGAGUCUCGAUCGCCGUAUGGCCAGCUUACAAUCCUCGCCGGAAAAGCCUCCAGGAUGUGCUUUUGAGCAUGAGAUUUGGAUUAACGCGAGAUCUCUCUCUAAAGCGGUCCUUGGGCAAGUACUAUUCCGUAUCUCGACAACAACAGCUCACGUCGCCGAUCUCCAUGGCCACCAAGAGCGAGAAUCUCGUGGAAACUUCGACGGAGGAGAAAGGUAAGGUAGAUGAGGAUAAGGAGGAAGAGAUCUCACUCCCUCCGCCGCCGGAGAAACCAGAGGCUGGAGAUUGUUGCGGUAGCGGCUGCGUACGGUGCGUUUGGGAUGUGUAUUAUGAGGAGCUCGAAGAAUACAACAAGCUUUCUAAACCCAGUCGAUUGUAGAUGCAGAGCCUUACUAGUUUUUACCUUUGAGGACCUAUCACAAGAACAGAGAUGUGGAGAUAGAAUUCUGGGUUCAUCA